GGUCAUCCGGAAGUGACCCUCGGCCCAGCAGUUGCCAUGGAAGUGGCCGGGCGCUUUGCUGGGCGGAGGGAAGAUGGCGGUGACUAGCUGGCUGGAGAGUCUGCGGGCGGCCGAGAAGACGGCGCUGCUGCAGGAUGGGAAGAGGAUGGUGCACUAUUUGUUCCCUGACGGGAAGGAAAUGGCUGAAGAAUACGAUGAGAAGACCAGUGAACUGCUUGUGAGAAAAUGGCGUGUGAAAAACGCCCUGGGAGCCUUGGGCCAGUGGCAACUUGAAGUGGGAGAGCCAGCGCCCUCAGGAGCCGGGAGUCUGGGGUCCGAGCUCAUCAAGGAAAGUAAUGCCAAUCCCAUCUUCAUGCGCAAGGACACUAAAACAAGUUUCCAGUGGCGGAUUCGAAAUCUCCCCUACCCAAAGGAUGUUUAUAGCGUCUCUGUGGCCCAGAAGGAGCGCUGUGUCAUUGUUAGAACGACCAACAAAAAGUACUACAAGAAGUUCUCCAUUCCUGACCUAGACCGACACCAGCUUCCUCUGGAGGACUCUGCACUGAGCUUUGCUCAUGCCCACUGCACCCUGAUAAUCUCUUAUCAGAAGCCAAAGGAGGUCAUGGUGGCUGAGUCCGAGCUACAGAAGGAGCUAAAGAAGGUAAAGACAGCCCACAGCAGUGAUGGGGACUGUAAGACCCAGUAGCUGUCCUGAGCCUUGCUUGGACCUCCAGUGUGAAGG